UCAAACUCCAUGCCAUGACAACUGGGUGCCCGGAUGUUCAAGCCCCAGAAACUCCAGCAAAGAACAAACAGAAAGGUAUUUAUGACCGCACCUUGAGCAGCGCACAGCCCUUGACAAAGUUGGCCGAUGGACGGUUCCAUAUCACGAAUGGAUUUUUCCUGACAGAGGCACAAGGUCUGAAAAUAUUCAGCAACAAGAGGCCAACACUUGUAAUGAAAGAUAUGGCUAAAAUUAUAUGGGUAGACUCCGUCCGUGCUCAACGCACAUACAGUGGGAAGGCUUCACCAAAGGACCGCCAGGAUCCUGAUACCCCAUCAAGGAAAGAGCUCACACCAGCGAAAGUCGCCCUUAUUGUCGAUACUGUCACAUACUGAGGCAAGCAGAAGCAAGUAGAUGUGUCUUCAUACAUCGAGAAAAGAGGAGUCAUUCUAUCCGAAAAGAUCCAAGAUGCACGAAAG